CUCCCCGAUAUGUUGUCGUGGUUCGUCAAUCUGUCGUUUGUUCUCAGGUGUUCGAGCGUGUGAAACGUUUGCUCGUUAACUUGUUUUACCCAGACGACGACGACGACGACGAGUUAUCGUGAGGAUACAAAUUCACCCGCAAGUGGGUGGCAAACGGUGGCUGGGUGAUACGGAUGGGUGGUUACCGACGUACCAUCGCUGUCGAUCAAAAUACAUUGCACGGUGGAGCAUUUCAUUCAGUUUUCCUUCAGAUUGUGUCGAGAGCAGUCGGUCGGUCGUUUGCGUGGAAGUGUGGACUAACUCUUCGAUUUCGAAUCAAUCUCGUGUUCGUGCGGUGCUUCGUAAGUGUUUAUAAAUGCUGGAGAUGGCUUUAAGAUUUUAUGUACCUAAAGGAGAUAUAACUUACAUGAGAUUUAUCGUGACGGCGGGAAAAUAUUUAAAGUAUUGAUUGUCGUGUUGUCUCUAAUGAAGACGAUUUGAAGAGAAUAAAGUGAAUGGUUUAAAGCCCGACUUCAGAGUAUUGGAAUGACAGAGAAGAGGCCGGCUGAAUUUGUGAAUGAUUUCGAUUAAAAUGAUUGGUGGCUGCCAGAUGGAAUCCGUUCAAUUACAGUGUCUAUAAAUUUUACAAUGGAUGGUUUGGGCGUUCGAUUUAAGUGCUUAUCAUCUCGGUCGUAAAGUGAAAGUGAAAUUUCUUCGGUCCUGGUUUUUAUGGUGGAUACAGCCAUCAAGGUGCUUCUAAUGAUCUAUCCUUGUGCAGUGCAGUUAGUGUUAAUGGAUGUGUACGAUUCAAUUAACUUUUAGGCUCGGCACAAGAUAAAUAGAGUGCGUGUCUUUCAGUGAACCGAUAAUAAAAUAAACCUUUCUUCGGACUCACUUCAAGUUGGAUGUCCUCUGUGUUCUUCUACGUGAGCAAUGUGCACCCAACCGGCAAUGAACAGGCAUGGGAACAAAAUGUCUGACAGUUGUGAAGAAUAAAGUGUCCCACAGUCUAUUCAGCAGGUGCCAAGCGGGUGUGCAACGACGUCUUUGUGCUAAUUAAAAGAACUGCCAUUGAAGGCAUUGAGUGAUCCACUUUUGGGGUAGAAGAAAAACUUCAUAUCAUACGCAUACAUGUGGUAAUCGCUGGUGGUGAACAAGUAGGAAAGUUUAAACUUUUGAACUCAAGUGGAACAACCGCGGGCUUGAAACAGAAAGCUUGACAAACGGCAGUGCAUCUGACAACUAAGCAUUUCAACGGAUUUUCAGGACGAUGCUGUUCGGUGGUGUAGACACGAUGGCGUCCAAACCGUUGAUGUUCGUCGGUGCACCGGACAGGCGUCAGGCGUAAAAUGCUGAGCGUCGAAGAGCGAGUACUGGAAUGGUUCCAUUUUAUCUACCACAACGACUCCUCCUCCUCCCCGGCCCUGAACGCGGACGAAUUCCGCCGCCGCCUGUUCUCAACCCUCGACUCCAACCUUACCAACAACAUGAACGGUUCCAGCAAACUGUAUCGAACGGCUUUCGAGUUUCAGAACAUCUCUGAUCAUAACAUCACCCAAGAAUAUGUUAAUGACUUCCUGGAGAAGCUGUUCCAAUCGUUGAAUCGAGUGAAUCGAACAACCACUACAAGCACCGACGUCAAUUGGAAUGCUGACGAAGCAGAGCUCAGCAACUGCAGUUUAUACUGCAGGGGAACGAUGCGCGAUGUGCUACUGGAUUACAAAACACUACACGGCUACAUUGCGUUAGUGAUAUGCGUUUUCGGCACAAUCGCGAAUAUUUUGAAUGUCGUCGUCCUGACACGCAAAGAGAUGAGCAAAAUCCCUAUCAACCGCAUCCUGAAGUGGCUCUCCGUGACCGACAUGUUCGUGAUGAUGGAGUACAUCCCGUUUGCCUUCUACAUGUAUUCGAUACUGCCAGAUCGACGAGACUUUCCCUAUUCAUGGGCAGUGUACCUGAUGUUUCACAUGCAUUUCACCCAGAUAUUGCACACCAUUUCGAUACUGCUGACUGUGAUGCUGGCUGUUUGGAGAUAUAUAGCCAUCAAACACCCUCACGGUUCAUUGGCCGUCUACGCUCAAUCCAAUUACAGUUACGCCAUCCUCUUCUGCUACAUACUGGCGCCCAUUCUCUGCAUGCCAACGUACUUUGUCUUCACGAUACGGCAGACGCAUGUCUUCGAGCACGAUGCCCACGUCCUGUUGUAUCACUUGGAUGCCGACGAAAACACUUCGAUCUAUCGGUACAACUUUUGGAUUCACUCGGUCAUCAUUAAGCUGCUGCCCUGUGCAGUCCUGACGUUAAUCAGCUGUGUGCUGAUAAACGUCCUUUGGAAGGCCAGCAAACGGAGACUGAAGCUGAAACAGGGCGGGAACUAUAGCAGCAAGAAUGGUACCGGGGUGUCAACGCCAAGUCAUGGCACUAGUCAAAAUAUUGCUGCAACCAGCAUAACGAUCCCUUCUUCAACAAUGACGCCAGCUCAGAGCAACGGAAGCAGACAUCCCAAAACGGAUCGCCGAGCGGACCGCACCACCACCCUGCUGGUGGCCGUACUGCUUCUGUUCUUGUUCACCGAGUUCCCCCAGGGGAUUCUCGGCUUGCUCAGCGGCAUCCUGGAGAAGUGUUUCUUCAAACGCUGCUACGCCCUGUUCGGUGAAGUGAUGGACCUGCUUGCCUUAAUCAACGCCGCCAUCGGUUUCGUACUGUACGGCCUAAUGUCGAAACAGUUCCGCACUAGCUUUAAGUCGGUUUUUUGCAAAACUCCAACCCAUAGGGUCGAGAUGACGAGAAUGACCGGUUUGACCACUACCUGCGUCUAAUGCGAUUGGCACUCGAGCGAGGUACGUCGAAACGUAGGACCGGGGGAUUCUAGCACGAAUUUUUAGCACUCUUUCAUUUGUCUUGGCAUCGUGUUACUUAUCACUGUUUUACAUUUAGCACGCCGUUACAUAGGAUUCAAAAUAGUAAUUCAUUGUCUCAGUUAAAUAAGAAUUAUACCAUCAAACAUCUGCGAAUCAGUAGCGAGGACCAGGAGCUAAAUUUUGACUAGAAUCGAACGUCUCAAGAUUUCCGCUUGGGUUGGAGUUGUGAUUAAAUGGAAUUUACUGUGUAAAUAAAAUCACCGAGCUUCUAGCGAGAGGAAUAUAAAUGUCGUCUUUUACAUGACAAAGAACGAAUAGCAUAGUUAGGUUGCGAUUCCCGUACCAAGUGGUGGUCGUCUCAAGUGACUGGCGAAAUAGAAUCCCACCUUACCGAUUGCCGUAGGCGUUAGAGCCCAACCGUCUUACGGAUCAGUAUAAUAGAAAGCACUCCGAUGGACCACAGCUGUUCCGCCUUUAUCCCUUGGAACGGUUACCACGGAUGGAUCGAACAAAUAAUAGAACGGAUUACUUUUAGAUGUACAUUUACUAACGAAGUUGAGUGUAAGUUUAUAUUAAUAAUAGUCGUGGAGCAUAUUUUAGAAAAAAAAUCUAUCACGAAGUGGAAGCAUUUAAAAUGAAGAGUUAGAAAGUUGAACGAGUAGAGCUCGAAUAGAAAUUUACGCAAAAUCUCGUGAUUUUAAAGUUUAGACAUAAUGUAUAUUUUUCUAUAUGAACUCGAUGUGAAUAGCCCCUGUCAGAAAGAGUUUAAUAAAUUGUUGGAUGAAUGAGUCCUCUAAAUGAA